AGGCUUCAUUUGAUAUUAGAUUCAUUGGAACAUUCCAGUCAGGAAGGAUAUCUACUGAGUGAUUUGUGUAACAGUGCUAUGCAUAAAUUCGACUCGAGAUGCAGAAAGUGGGACGAAGACGCCUCUGCGAAGAUGUAGCUUAGGCCAUUCAGAUCCUAGAUGCAUUCGAAUGGUAACGCAACGCAAGCCACAUCCAUAAGGAAUGGAGUCCAUAAAUGAGAUAAUUGACCAUCAGACAUUCAGCCAGGAGCUAGUGGAAGAUGCAGCCGAGUUCAUCACUGUGGCUCACCAUUCGGAGCGCCACCAUCAGGAGGAAGGACCUGAGAGCGGCGAGGAUCUAGCCAUGUCCAUGCAAACGAUGAUUGCCUGCUCCAGGAGCGAAGCGGGUGCGGGUGCGGGUGCGGGAGGGGAGAAGAAGAACCGCACCUUGUCCGGAUCUGGGCCCGGAUCGGGCUCCGACUCGGUCGUCAUGGUGAUCGAUGCCAUGGGCCACAGCAGUAGGCAGGCCUCGUAUCAAAUUGUGCCUCAGCAGCUCCAGCUGCAGCCCAGAACAAUGCCUUUGCCCUUUGGGCUCCUCCAGCAGGAGCGGCACCAGCAUCAGCAUCAGCAUCAGCAUCAGCACCAGCACCAGCACCAGGAGUGCCAGGGUCGCUUGGGCAACAGCAGCCCGGUGGACUUUGGGGCGUCCGACAUCAGCUUGGAUGGUCUGACAGUGGACUCGACGGCCCAGGCGGUUCUCCCCCAGGGAAUGGCCAUUAAGCAGGAGCAGAAGCUCCAAGCCAACAAGCGCAUCCGGAUGCACGUGGACGUGGCGAGCGUGAAUGCAGGACUCGAAGUGGACGUCGACGAGAUGGACGAGAUUUCCUCCGACGGCGUCGGGUGUGACGACGAGGGGGUCACCCUCAAUCAGCACCACCAGCAGCUCCUGGAGCAGCAGCAGCAGCAGCAGCAGCAGCACUACGGCCUGACCAGCCAUCAUCCGCAUCACCAGGCUCACGCUCAGGCGCUCCAUGGCCUGCACCACAGAUCAGCCCAGCUGGAAAUGGGCUUGGGAGGACUGCACGGCGAGGUCCUCUCGGUGAUCGUUCACUCGCAGGACAGCGACAAGGAUCUGGAUGGCGAGGGAGACGCGGAUGGGGACGGGGACGGGGACGGGGAUGGGGACGGGGAUGGGGAUGGGGAGGGGGAGGGGGAAGUGGAGGGAGAAAUGGAUGCAGAGGACGAGGACGACGACGAUCGGGACUCGCGCAGUCGAGGGCAGCUGCUCAGCCACAGCUCGUACCAGACGCUGACCUCGGUGAACGACCGACUAUCCCCGCCCGGCUUUAGCCAGACAUCGUACGCCACGCUGACCCCCAUCCAGCCCCUUCCGCCCAUAUCAACGAUGUCCGAGAAGUUCGCCUACUCCGGCCACAUUUCCGGAGGGGACAGCGGCGACACGGACGUCAACGGAGCGGAGGGAGGAGGCGGAGUAUCCGAAGGCGGCGAGGUCACCAAUCAGUCCGCCGAGGCCGUGGGCACUGAACCGGGCUCUGGUGGCAACGGGGCCUCCUCUGGGUGCAGCAACAACGACUGCAGUUCUUUCUCUGCCCUCACCAUGCCCAUGGCGAGUGGCCACUUGGGCCUCGGCGUGCUGGGCGGCGUGCAAUCGCCCUACUCCCCCUACGAAAAGCUGACCGCGAUGAUUUCACCUCCGCCCAACAACUACCUGGUCUCGUGCGAUCUGCACGCCUCGGUGUCGGGACGCGUUCCAAGCUCAACCCAACUGCAGAUCAGUCACAACGGCCACAAAAAGGACACUCCAACUGCCCACGGACAAGCCCACGGACACUCCGAUGUCAACGGAGGGAAGUUCGCCUACUCCGGCCACAUCUCCGGGGGCGACAGCGGCGACACUGACGUGAACGGAGAGAAGUUCUCCUACUCCGACCACAUCUCCGGGGGCGACAGCGGCGACGCAGAUGUCAAUGCUGAGAAAUUCGUCUAUGCUGACCACAUCUCUGGAGGCGACAGCGGCACGGAUGUCAACGGAGGAACGAACUGGCUUCAAAUGCACCCCGACCGGGAGGUUCGACUCCACAUGCCGGCCGAGCUGGAGACGAGGUUCCACAUGCCGCCGGAGCGCAGGGCGCGGCAUGGCGGUGGGCACCUGAACCGCAGCCUGCCCCAGAGCGCCGCUCCCAGCGGCCCCCCGGACUGGAAGCCGGACGACUGGAAGCACGGGAAUGGAACCAUCGUCAGUCUGUCCGCUGACCUGCCCGUGGUUGUGUCCCUCACCCCGACACCGCCCCCCAUAGCAGACGACUUGGCGGGGGCCGGACUCAAGUUGGGUGACCGCUUGUCCCCGGGUCAAAGGCCACAGUACUUCCUGGACAAGGGCCAGGAGCCCAGCGGUGUGCCUGCAGAGCAGUGCAGCCCCAUCCUCCACGGCUCUGCGCUCUCGGUCUGCUCCCUUCACCAGCAGCCCCAGCAGCCCCAGCAGCCCCAGGCAGCCCAGUUGAACGGCUUCCAGGGGGCCAGCCAGCACACCAAGACCUUGGCCUGCGCCUCGCCCAAGGCGGCGGGUGCAGCUGCAGGGGGCGGAUCGGGCCGCGGCGGAAGCACCGGCGACAUGGAGGAGAUCAACACGAAGGACUUGGCCCAGCGCAUCUCGGCCGAGCUGAAGCGGUACAGCAUCCCGCAGGCGAUCUUCGCGCAGCGGGUGCUCUGCCGCUCACAGGGCACCUUGUCCGACCUGCUGCGCAACCCGAAGCCGUGGUCCAAGCUCAAGUCCGGCCGCGAGACGUUCCGCAGGAUGUACAAGUGGCUCCAGGAGCCCGAGUUCCAGCGCAUGUCUGCCCUGCGGAUGGCAGCUGCCCAAAUUCCCCAGCGCGCGCCCUUGGGAGCUGGAACGCCGCUGGUGUCAGCAGCAGGGUCAAACAGCUCUUCGGCGACCAUGCCGACGGACUUGGACCUAAACGUCGGGCCUACGAUGACCCCCAACGCUCCGCCCAAUGAAUCUGUCUCCUCGUCUGCAACUACACCUGUCAUUAACGUUUCCGCCACCAACGUCGUUAAUUGUCGUCGGAAGGAAGAGCCUCAGAUCGAACAGAUGCCUCAGCCAAAAAAGCCUCGAUUGGUCUUCACCGAUCUCCAGCGACGAACUCUACAAGCCAUUUUCAAAGAGACCAAGAGACCUUCGAAGGAGAUGCAGGUGACGAUUGCGCGGCAGUUGGGUCUUGAGCCCACUACCGUGGGCAACUUCUUCAUGAACGCCCGCAGGAGGUCGAUGGACAAGUGGCGGGACGACGACUCCAAGAACGCGAUGCACCUAAUGCACAACCGCCAGCAACAACAGGACGAGCAGGAGGAUGACGAGAUCCACGUCCAGAGUCAGAACCAAAGCCAGAGUCACAGUAACAGUCACAAUCACAGCCACAAUCACAAUCACAGCAACAGUCACAAUCACAGUCAGGCCACGAGCAAUAGUUUAACGCACGAAAACUACUCGAGUCUGCACACAACAGCCAUGUCGCCCCUCGGAGCCUUCGACGAAGAGACCGACAUGGACCUGGAGCUGGAAAGCCACGACUUUGACUUGGUGGACCCCGACGACCAUGGGGACACCAAUGACCCGACCGGGGAAAUGUUGUGACAGCAUAGCCGAAACGGACGUCGCCAGUGCAACAAGCCCGAUCUGCUGAAAACAUGCCCCAGUACUCGCCACUUCAACCGCAACAGCAACCGCAACAGCAACCGCAACAGCAACCGCAACAGCAACAGCAACCGCACUCGCACUCAGUCUCGCACGGUACACACGAUCCCUUCGAGGAGGACGAUGGAGGUCAGUAUUCGUCGCAUUUUGAGGAGGAGCGACGCAGACUGUAAUUGUAAUGGCAGUAAUAGCGCGGAGAGCUCCCCGCAUCAAGAUGACCGGGAUGAAGUAGCGUCGGACCAUUUGCUUGGGGACGAACAGCUUUCAGACGGGAAGGGCCAACGGAAGCAAAGCCUCUGCUCAGACAUACACGAGCAGCAGGAGCCUGGUGUCUUCAUCGAUGACAUGGGCAUCUCCAACUGCUUGGACGACUUGAAGGUGAUGAUAGUUUGCUGAGCACAGAAGGGUUAGCUAUUUGCCGCGACCAAAAGGUCGAACAAACAUUUUGGCCUAUGUUUUUUAUAGGAGAGCCCCAGUUCAAAAUAGGUUUUGUUGAUUUAGAUUUAGAUUAUUCAUCUUUAAGUUCAUUACCAACCUGCAAAAGUGAUUUUAUUCUUAAUUUUUAAAAACUAAUUGUCACCGCUUUCAAAGCCCUCGCAUUAAUUAGAAUUAUGAUUGAAACUGGUUCACGGCGUCUGAAAACUCAACUCUGUCCGAUUCCAACUGAAGUGACUGAGACUCACCAGCCUGAGUGAUUAUUGAGUGAUUUCCAAUAGUCUGUGAAAACCACUUGCCUAGGACGUUUUUGUGUUUUGUCACUCAAUCACUCAAUCACUCAAUCAAUAAAAAUAGACCCACAGGCUAAGAGCUCUGUUCUCGGGGACAGAAACAUUGUAAAUGUUUUUACCAAGUACUAGUUGAGUAAAGUGCUGCUCAGAUAGUUAAGGCUACGUGACUUUUAUAAUAUUAAAACGUUUUCGGGCGGAAUAACGUAGCAAUUUCCAUCGUUUCCAGUAUACAAAUUACGCAAAUCGAUUUGUAUUCAAAGGCAGCAUUUUAAAAAAAUGUACGAUUUAUAUAUUCAUUAUUUUAUUCUUUUCGGCAAAAUAUUCAAGAGUUCAUAUUUUAGGUAGUUCGAUUGUGUUUUAAAAAAACAAUACGCACCUUGGCUUUUGUCUUACAUAAGCUUUCAUAAUUGAUCUCAAAUAUUUUUACCCUUGCUAAGGGUGCUUUAAAUUUUUGCAUUUUCUUGACCAGUAUCACUGGACAAGUCAAGUGAUAUGGACAUGGAGCUAAAGAUAAAGAUAUAAAGAUUCUUCUUUACCAAUCUAAUAUGGAUACUUUUCACGAAUCAAAGUCGAUGCCUUGAAUUUUGUCCUUAUGUCUGGACAUCGAUAAUAAAUAGCUCCAUUGCAUUCAUUUAAAAAUAUAAUUAUUUAUUUGGCUAAUAAUAUAAGCCUCGGUUUCUUAAGCUGUAGACAGUCAAAAGCAGUCUUGUAAGCAUUUUAUAUGGACAUUGUGGCUUUGAAACGCUUUCAACUUAGAUGAUUACACUAACUUAUUUGUUUUUUUGUUGUCUACAAGAGUUUAGCUUCCUUAUUUAUAUUUAUUAUAUUUAUCUUCCUUAUUUAUAUAAAAACGUUUGCUAGAGUAGCACCUAGAUGAAUUUUCCUCUGAUAAGUUGAUGACAGCUGAUUUAAUGAAACCGUUCCAAAUAUUUUUCAUUGAAUUCAAUUGUCACACGAUCACAUUUAUCGCAUGACUUUUAGUUAUUCAUUACGAAAAUGCAGUAAGAGUAUGAAUCUAAAGGGCACUCGUCUCAAAAGUGUAAUAGUGUAGGCAGUUCUUAAACGAUUUCAAUUUGCAAACAUUUUCAUAUAUAAAGUUGACCUCCUGUUUUGUUUAGCAUAACCUCACUGGCAGUUAAUGGCAAUUGGCCUUAGGCAAAUGGACAAGGGUGUUUGGAAAGAAGAAAUGUGUAUGUAUGUAGAUAUAUUAGUUUGAAUAAAAUUAAAGAAAUGUAAAUGGAGAGUCCCAAUUAAAGAAAAAAAACAUAUAUAACAAUGUCAAAAUAACUGUAUCUAGUCAAAUUAAUAAUAUAAAAAGAAAUCAACUUAAACAGUUUAUGCAAAUAUUAUAUUUAACCUAAAAUUAUUAAUUUCACUAAAACACUCUAGCAUAAUCAUUCACAUUUAUAAAGGUAAUAAUGUACCUUCGUAUUUACGUUUUUUUAAUACUAAUACGGGCCAAAUAUUGAUUUUAAAUGUGAAAUGUGAAAAUGUCAGACCUGACAGACUAAAAAUCGUGAAUAACAAAGAGUUUACAAAUCGGGUUUUAACAUAAGAAACUGUAAAUAAAUGAAAUAUUCAACAAACCCUUCCAGUUAAGUUUGAAUGCAGAUAUUCCAUAAAAACCGCUUACUUCAUGGAAGAAAACCACAAAGAACUAUGUAUGAUUCAUUAUUAAACGAUACCAAAUGCUUAACAAUACUCAAAUGUCAAUAUAGCAGGCAUUAUGUUAAUAUCUGUAGGAUAUAUUACGCAAUUUCGCAAUAGGAAUACGACCCUCGAUGUAUGCUAGUCAAUUUAGUUUAAAUACAAUUUAGCAACCUACGCGAAUGAAGGGUGGGCAUGUUUAGGCACAUUCAUAUUUUAAGUAUUUAUGUAAAAAUCAAGCAAUGCAAUAAUAAAUUAAAGGCAAACUUAACUUGUAA